UAUCACCAGAGAAUCCCAACAACCACCACCACCAUGCAGACAUCACCACCUUUCAUCCAUACAAAAUUUCACCAAUUCACAAAUUCUCAUUUCACCAAACAAUUUCAUGUAACUCAUCUCCCAUUUCACCAGCUUUCCGUAACAACGCUGGCAUUCGUCGCGCCCAGUCGGAUGGGAACUUGGAGAGUUUGAUGAGUUCUAGAGGCAAUGAUAGUGAUAAUGAGGAUGAUGGUGAUUUUAGUUUUUAUAAUCCACCCAAGAAAGUUUCUCAUAGAUGUUUGUUGGAAACAAUCCCAUCUAUGUCUUUUCAUAAUUCAAGAUUUAGGUCAGAUGGUGAUGAUGAAAGUGAUGAACAAGAAGAAGAAGAAGAAGAAGAGGAUGAAGGGUUUUGUGGGUUUAAUGUGGAGAAUACGGUUUUGAGCUUGAAUAAGCAAAUGGGCUUUGGGAAUUUGGAAAUGAAAGGUGGUGUAGGAGAGAGUGGGACUCAGAUGUAUCUUGCAAAAGGGUUGGGUGUUGAUGCAGGGUUUGGAUCUUUGGAUGGUGGUGGUGCGGGCAGUGGUGGUCGGAGCCUUUCUCAUGUCGGUGGAGAAGGAGAUGGCGGCGGCGGUGGUGAUAACCAGGAUGUGGAGGAGCAUUACCGGAAGAUGGUGAAUGAAUGUCCUGGAAAUCCUUUAUUACUAGGGAACUAUGCCCAAUUUCUAUAUCAGGUUUUGCAGCUUUUGGACAGAACUCUCUUGGAAGUAGGGGUGUACAAAAUGCUCGCGGCUCGCGGCUCGCUCGAAACUCGCUCGAAAAAUGCUCGAAAAAUGCUCGACUCGAAAAAGCUCGUUUUGCUAUCGAGCCGAGCCGAGCUGGCUCGAUUCAUAAACGAGCCGAGCUCGAGCUAGGGUGCUCAGCUUGUGGCUCGGCUCGUGGCUCGACUCGUUGGCUCGGCUCGUGACUCGACUCGUUGGCUCGGCUCGUGGCUCGACUCGUGGCUUGAUAAACAUAUGUUUUAUAUAAUAGAUAUUAAUUAAUAAUAACUAGUUAUAUAGUUUUCAUAUCAUCAUCAGAAACCUUUUUGUUGAUAUGAUGUAGGCUACGAAAUGUUUUUAAAACUGUCCUAGUAUCAGUUUGUUAAAUGGUAGAUUGAUUGAUAUAAAAAUUAUUAUUAAAUUAAUAAAAUGUACCUCAAUAAUAAACAGUUUGUCCACAAUAUAAUGAAAACAUAUCUUUUUGUUUAUUUAAAAGAUAUCUUAACAUAUUACAUACAAUAAACAUAUCUAUUAAUUAAUAAAAAUAUAUAUGCUUGAAAUUUAAGUCACCGCCAUAUUACCCUAAAUCCAUUCAAAACCAAUUUCCAUAUGCAAUUUACACAAUAAUCUAUUUCAUUCCUAAAUUCUUUGAUUUCUCUCACACAAAUACACAAGCGGCAACUCAACCCCUGCGACUAAACCCUAGCAAUUCAUCUUUCUUGAUUCAAGGUAAAGAUUCAUCUACAUAUUCAUGUUAACCUCUUAAUUACAAUCUUUCCUAACUGCUUCAUCUCCAUAUACAUAUUUAUUAUUUACGAAAAGGUGACAUGCUUGGUAGAUAUUAGUUGGUGGUAUAAAAUAUCUUGAUAAUGUAACUGUAUGUCUUAUGAUGAAUGACAAUUGAUCAUUCUUUUGUUAUGAGAAAAAUAGAUUUGAUAACUGUUUUUUUGUUAGUAUGUAUCAUGUUAGUAUGAUUAUGGUGUUUAAAUCAAACAUGAUUGAAAAAAACAAGUGCUACUAAAAAAGAAAUUCACUAACUGAUAAUGGUGAACACCUUUUGUGAUAAUGCUCGUAACAUAUUAGUGAUAAUGUUGUUUAAAUCUAGUUUCUUUGAAUUGAAUUGUUAGUUUAGGUUCUUAUAUUAUUAUAUUUAUUAUUUGAAUUAUUAGUAUAGGUUAUUACGUUAUUAUAUUUAUUAUUUGAAUCAUUAGUUUAGGUUAUUAUGUUAUUAUAUUUUUUGUAGAAUAUGAAUAACUUUAUCAUCAGCUAAUUAAUUUAGUUUAGGUUAUGAAAUCAGACACACCUUUUUUAUGUAUAUUUUUAGAUCGUUUGAUUUGUUAAUUAGUUAUUAAUUUACUUAUACUAUAUAAAUUUAAUUUAUUAUAUUCAUCAAACAUGAAAUAAAUGUAUGCUUAAAAUAUUUCUAGGGGUGUAAAUGUAUGUUGUACUAAUCAUUGUUAGCGAAUAUUUUUGGGUGUCUCACUUUGUAGGAUGUCUUCACUUAAAGAAUCACUUGAUGCGACCGACAACCCAAGUGAGCAUGUUGAUUUAAAUGAUGAGGAAAGUUUUGAAGAAGAAAAUAUGAUUGACGAAGAUGAUGUUGAUGCUGGUUCAAAACGAAAAAGUAAAUCUGAAGUUUGGCUUCAUUUUGAAACAGUUGAAAUGAUGGAAGGAGAGAAGAAGGUCAUGAAAGAUCGAUGCAUACAUUGUAAGAAGCUAUACAAACCACAAGCUUCAAAGGCCACAACACAGCUAAAGCGACACUUGAAUAAGUGUUCAUACUUGAAAAGGUCAAAAGGUAUGACACACCUACUCCUAACAUACUUGUAGCAUACUGGUAAUGAAGCAACUGAAUAUGGGUUGAGUGGGGGAUUUGAACAAACAAAAUGUAGGGAAAUAAUUGCCAAAAUGAUUGUAGCCCAUGAGCUACCUUUUUCCUUUGUAGAGUACCAUUGGUUUAAUGCCCUGUUGAAAUACUUGAACCCUCUUUUUCAAAAAGUGAGUAGAGCCACAAUUAGAAAAGAUUGCAUUAAAGUGGUUGAAUCAGAAAGAGAGAAGAUGAAGAAAGUUUUUAAAAAGACUGAUAUGAUCUCACUUACUAGUGAUUGUUGGACCUCAAAUCAAACUAUUGGGUAUAUGUGUUUGACAGCUCAUUAUAUUGACUCUGAUUGGAAAAUGAAAAAGUGCAUAAUUGGAUUUAAUGAGCUAGCACCGCCCCAUAGUGGUGAGGUCAUUUCGGAUGCUAUUCUAGAGUGCCUCAUUAAAUGGGGUAUACAAGAUAAAAUAGGUACAAUAACAUUAGACAAUGCAUCAAAUAAUGAUAGGGCGGCCGCAAUUUUAAGGAAUACCUUUCAAGGAAAGGGAACAUUGCACUUUGAGGGUUUAUUUUUUCAUGUGAGAUGUUGUGCUCAUAUACUAAACCUGGUUGUACAAGAUGGACUUGGAACAAUUGAUGGUUGUCUUGUCAAAAUAAGAGAAGGUGUGAAAUAUUUGAAGAAGUCAGCGGGUCGCCUCUUGAAGUUUGGUGAAAUUUCGAUCACCCUUGGUAUCGAAACCCGCCGAUCAUUGUGUAUUGAUGUAAAAACCCGAUGGAACUCAACACAUCGUAUGCUUAAAUCAGCGAUUCACUACAAACAUGCUUUUGAAGGUUACGCGUUGAGGGAUUCGAAUUAUGAGUGGUCUCUUACGGAUGAGGAGUGGGAUCGGGCUAAAAAGGUAUGCAAGCUACUUGAGGUGUUUUCGGAUGCUACAGAUUUGUUUUCGGGUACAUUAUAUCCGACCGCAAAUUUGUUUCUUGUUGAGAUUUUUAAAGUAAAAAGAGAGAUAACUAAUGCUGUUAAAUCAAAUGAUAAUUUCUUGAAAAAUAUGGGAAGGCCAAUGUUUGACAAGUUUGAGAAGUAUUGGGGAGAAAUCGGGGUACUUAUGUCAAUUGCUUCUCUUUUAGACCCGCGUUUUAAGAAGGAAUCUAUUUCUUGGACAUUUAAGAAGUUGUAUCCAGAAAAUGAGGUUGAUGGUCGGGUUGAAGAUGUGAUUAAUAAGUUAAAACCACUUUUUGAAAAAUACUCUAAUGCAUAUCAAGUGGCUAGGGCUGCCGAUAGCAAUCUAAAUGGUACAUCAUCUGAGGGCCCAAGUAUUCGUGAUGGAGACGAUGAUUUUUACGCUUAUCUUGAAACUAAACCCGUUGAAAGUACACAAAAAUCAGAACUUGAUGUGUAUUUAGAAGAGCCAAAUUUUGUAGUUCCAAGAACUAUAAAGUUUGAUGUGUUACAAUGGUGGUGUCAAAAUUCUAGCAAGUACCCCGUGCUAAGCAAAAUGGCUCGUGACAUUUUUUGCAUUCCAAUCACAACGGUUGCCUCGGAAUCAGCAUUUAGUGCUGGGGGACGUGUAUUGGAUGACUAUAGAAGCUCUCUUUCUAAAGAUAUGGUCGAGCUUCUUGUUUGUGGAGGAGAUUGGAUAAAGUCGGCAUCAAAAUCAUUUAUUAAAACACUAGAACAAUCGGCAAAGGAAGAAGAAAAUUUAGAAAUUCCAAUCCCGACGAGUGAUGGGGCAUCUAGUUAACAUAAAAGAUUAAUUCGUUCUCAUGGCUAUGGGCAAGUGUUGGUGAAGGAAUAUAAGAUGGUGAUGGGCAAAUUUUUUAGUGAUGGCAUUGGUGCUAGUGACGUUGUUUUGAAGAACUUAGUUCUACUUGUUAUUUACUUUUUCUAACUUGGUUAAGAACUUAUGUAAUUAACUUGGGUUUUUUUUUUCCGAAUGGAUAUCUUGAAUUUGGUUUUAUUUUAAUGCAUUGAGCUGGAUG